UAUAUUUACAGCAUUGCAUCAAAACAUUUUAGCGACUCUUCAGACAAAAUCGACAUCUGAACAGCCAUGGCUAAGAAAGACAAGGGCAAGAAGGAAGCCAAGAAGGCGCGUGUAGCUGCAAAACAGGAGAAGGUUGCCAAAAAGACAGAAAAGAAGGCCAAGAACAAGAAGGAUGCCGACGACAGCGAUGUUGAAGAAGCCGAUCUUGACGCGAUCUUGGCCGAAUACGCAAAGAAGCAAGAGCAAUUCCUAAAGGUCACCGAGGACACCGUUUCCGGGCCAUCGCCGAGAAGUGCUUCCACCUUCAUCGCCUCACCUUCAGAUGGCAGAGAACUUUUCCUUUUCGGAGGCGAACAUUACAACGGAGCCAUUGCAAAUUUCUUCAAUGAUUUGUACAUCUACAGGAUCAAUUCGGAUGAGUGGCGCAAGGUAACGAGUCCUAACUCUCCCCUUCCUCGAAGUGGACAUGCCAUGUGCAGAGGCGGCAACACUGGAGGCAUCUACAUGUUUGGUGGAGAAUUUAGUUCGCCGAAACAAGGAACAUUUUACCACUACAACGAUUUCUGGAGUCUGGAGCCAUCGACUAGAGAGUGGACCAAGAUUGAAACCAAGGGACCAUCUCCGUCCGCACGCAGUGGUCAUCGCAUGGUAGCUUUCAAGCGUUACAUCAUCCUUUUUGGAGGUUUCCAGGACACAUCUCAACAAACAAAAUACUUGAACGAUCUAUACAUCUACGAUUGUCAGACUUUCCAAUGGCAUAUUCCUGUCCUCCCACCUGCAGCCAUGCGCCCGGAUCCCAGAUCAUCAUUCUCCUUCCUUCCGCACGAAACUGGUGCAGUCGUGUAUGGUGGAUAUUCAAGAAUCAAGACUUCGACCUCAGCUGGAAAAUCAAAGGGAGGCAGACAAGCUUCUCGUGUCAUCAUGAAGCCUAUGGUCCAUCAAGAUACCUGGUUCCUUCGUAUCACACCACCUCCCCCGGAAGCUCCAAUGAACACAUUGCCGACAGUCCGUUGGGAGAAGAGAAAGAAGCCGGUCAAUUCGCCUAACCCAGCUCGCGCCGGCGCCACCAUGGUGCAUCACAAGGGAAGAGGCAUUGCAUUCGGUGGUGUACACGAUGUCGAGGAAGACGAAGAAGGUAUCGACAGCGAAUUCUUCAACCAGCUAUUGGCAUUCAACAUCGACCGCAACCGUUUCUUCCAGCUGAGUCUCAGAAAGCCGCGCGCCCAAGCAGCCAAAAAGCAAGGUGGUGGAAACGAACGUGGUGGUAGACGUGGCAGAGGCAAAGCAGACGAAGAGGAACUUUUGCGCAACCUUGCCUUGAUCGAAGGCAAAGGCUCCUUGGACGAUGGCGAGCUUCCCCUCAAGCGCGAUGACGACUCAGAUGACGACGAUGUCAAGAUUGAGAAACCCGUGCAAUACGAGAUGCCUCAUCCUCGCUUCAACGCACAACUCGCAGUGCAAGAUGAUACACUCUACAUCUAUGGUGGCACAUUCGAAAAGGGUGAUCGCGAAUUCACGUUUGACGAGAUGCACAGUAUCGAUCUAGGCAAGUUGGACGGUGCCAAGGAGAUCUUCCGUCGUGAGCUCGAAGAUUGGCAAGGUAGUGAUGACGAGGAUAGCGACGAAGAUGACGAGGAUGAGGAGGAUGAUGAAGAUGACAGUGAAGAUGAAACAGCCGGCACUGCCACUCCUGCCACCUCUGUUGCGCCUGAAGAGAUUGCCAAGCCAGAAGAUGUGGCCAAGAAGCAAGCAGCAGAGGAUGAAGAGCCCGAAGACGAACCCGCCACCGAGAAGUCCGACGGCCUUCCUGGCCCGCGUCCCUUCGAGUCUCUGCGUGAGUUCUUCUCCCGCACAAAUCAUCAAUGGCAAGACAUCAUCCUGGAGGAGCACAAGUUCAAGCACGCAACCCAGAUCACCGAGAGAUCGGUCAAGGAGAUCCGAAAGAGUGCGUUCGAACGCGCAGAGCAGAAAUGGUGGGAUGUCAGAGAGGAAAUGCAAGUCUUGGAAGACGAGCAGGAAGCUGCUGGUAUUGGCGAGGUUGUCGCACUCGAGUCACGUGGCGAAGGUGCUGGUGGCGGCGGUGGCGCUGGUAGGAGAAGAUAGGCACGCUACGUUCAUUGUCGUACUAGUCUCGCUCACCUCCUGAACUAUAGAUACAAGCAUUGUACGGGGACAGAAAAUACAAUAUAGUCAAUCUCCCAGCCUGCCGAAGUUGGCCAUUAAAAGGCGCGAUGUUUUUUAUAUCGGCAUAAUGGUUGACACAAGAGUGUGUGAGAUUGCUAGUCUCCUGAAAUCGGCCCGUGACAGAACACUGUCCGUUCUAGCUGAGGAGGGAGCAUCUACAACACGACCACACAAAAUCGUCAUAAAAAGAUGUUUAAGAGCAUGGCCAUCUCCAUACAUUGGACUAAAGUCACAGCCUAUGUAUUAUAUCUGGCUAAAGAGCGUGAGGUAUUUCGUCAAAGAACCAAUCUCGC